GAAUUCGAACGCAACAACAUGAUGCUGAUACUCAGACCUGAUGUUGCUGGAGUGUUACGUGACAGAAGUGGUCAGGCAUACAACGAGGAUGGUCAGAGAAUUGAUGAACAUGGAAACGUGAUACCAGAAAUCGCACACCGUGUCGAUCGACACCAGCUGGGUGUCGCUCGACAUCAUGUGGUAAACAGAGCAGAUGGUCGUCAGAUGACUCUUGGUGAUUACAACAGCCCCGGCCUGUUCUAUGAGAAUCGACGUGCAAUUAGACCCCCUGCGUUUGAAAGAAGCGACGAUUUAGGUCUCCAACCUGCAUUCUAUACUCUUGUGAGUCAGCACCCGUUUCACGGUCUUCCACAUGAACAACCAAUGGAUCACAUCGAGAGGUUUGAAGAUUUGGUUUCAAUCAUCAAGGCACGGGUUGUUUCAGAGGAUUAUCUACUUCGCAAGCUUUUCUCAUACUCUCUUGCUGGGGAAGCAGCUUCUUGGCUUCAGGAGUUGAUUACGGGAUCUUUGACAACUUGGCAGGAGACAAAGAUGGCUUUUCUGAACAAUUUCACCAGGAAUUACUGUUCUUAUUCUUACCAAGCCACAUCUCCACCUACUUCUGUGAGUAAGAUGGAAUCAAUGCCGGAACAGAUUCAGGAAAGUCAGCAAAGAAUCUUAGAGAUAUCCCCUCUUGGAAGGAUUGAGAGCAACCUCACAACUUCUUCCCAUGCUGUUUUGAAGGAAAGUGAAGAUGAGUUCGUUGAAGUUGAGGGGAGCGAAGCUGAGUUUGUGACUGCACCAAUCAACCUUGAGUUUUCACCUGUUAUUGAACAAGUCUACACGCCUCAAAUUCCUUGUCCAAUGCCUGUUAUUGGUCAGGCAUUCUCUGUACAGACUUCCACAAACACUGUUGUUGAGACUGAGAAGGUAGUGGGUACAAGCGAGCAGCCACAAGAAGCGAGAGUCAAAUCAAUUGCUGAGAAUAGAUCUACAGAGAUGGAUGUUGAGAAUGCUUGCGGAGAAUUACAUGGUGGUUAGGAUUUGAUGCGAUCUGUUAGGCAUAUGGAUUUGGUUUGAAUGAUCAAGCUUGAACCCUUUGGGAGAUAAUUGGAGAGAGCUCCUGCAGAGAAGAUCUUUCUUAACUCAUCUUUUAUUGAAUUUCAGUAUGCUUUCUAUUCAUAACAUGCUUUCUGUUACCAUGAUCAUGUCUGAGUAGUUUGUUUGUUAGGUUUAGGGAUUCUCAUUAGGGAUUUAGAUGAAUUAAUAGAUCGAUAACCUGUUA